CUCCAAAACUCAUCAUCACCCCCAAAAUCACAUCACAUCUUCUUCCUCCCAAAUCACAAACUUUCAAAACCCUAAAAAACCAAACCAAACCAAAUGGAUCCACUACCGUCAACCACCACAAAAAGCUGGAGCAUCCACACCCGCCCCGAAAUCAUAACCAAAUACGAGAUCCAAACCCGCAUCGGCUCCGGCACUUUCUCCGACGUCUACAAAGCCCGUCGCCUCAUCGACAACCAAACCGUCGCCUUAAAAGAAGUCCACGACUACCAGUCCGCCUUUCGCGAAAUCGAGGCGCUUCAAACGCUUCAGCACUCGCCCAACGUCGUCGUUUUGCACGAGUAUUUCUGGUCCCCUGAUGAGGACGCUGUGCUUGUCCUUGAGUAUUUGGAUACCGAUUUAGCGACGGUUCUGAGACGAGCCAAGAAGGAAAACGGGUUGAGUGUUGGUGAGAUUAAACGGUGGAUUGUGCAGAUUUUGUUGGCGGUUGAUGCCUGUCAUCGGAGCUCGAUUAUUCAUCGGGAUUUGAAGCCUUCGAAUUUGCUUGUUUCGAGUGAUGGGGUGUUGAAAUUAGCAGAUUUUGGUCAGGCAAGGAUACGGAUAGCACCUGGAUUUGUUUCAAUACACGAUAGCGUACAACCUCAAAGCCAAGAAUCAUCCGUGUACCAACAACAGAAACCCGUUUCCGAGCCAGAAACGGUCACUCAAGAAAACCGUUCAAAUCCGAUGGUCCAUAUUCCUCUAGGGACCAUAGAGGAAUACGGACCAUCGGAUGAGUUUAAAUCCAAAGACACGUUUGAUGAAACCGACAAAGACACAAAUUACCCCGAUGCAGAUACAUCCUGUCUCGCUACAUGCACCACAAGUGAUGUAGAAGAUGAUUUUUUAAAAAGCAAUUAUUCUUACGAAACCAACGACGGUGGAGUCGAAUCGGGGCUGUUAACAUCGUGUGUCGGGACUCGUUGGUUUCGAGCACCCGAACUUCUUUUCGGGUCUGAAAACUAUGGGCCUGAAAUCGAUUUAUGGUCACUCGGAUGUAUAAUUUCCGAGCUUUUCACUCUCGAACCGCUUUUCCCGGGAGCUUCGGAUAUCGAUCAGUUAAGUAGAAUCUUUAACGUAUUGGGUAACUUAAACGAGGAAGUCUGGCCCGGUUGCGCGCAGUUACCGGACUACAAAAUAAUUUCGUUUGAAAAAGUGGAAAACCCGAGCGGGUUAGCUUCGUGUCUUCCUAACCGAAGCCAAGAUGAGAUUUCGCUUGUGAAGAAACUGUUAUGCUUUGACCCGGCGGGUCGGGCCACUGCGAUGGAACUGCUUCAUGAUAAGUAUUUAAACGAGGAACCGUUACCGGUUCCUGUGUCUGAGCUUAGGGUUCCGUCUCCGAGCCAUGGUGUGGAUCACGGUUCGUCUGGGUCUGACGAUUGGGGUGAUCAUCGAGACUUUGGUUCGGAUUCUGAUUUUGAAGGGUUUGAUGUUACUAAAGGAUCCGGUGGUGAUUUUUCGAUUCGGUUUUCUUGAUCAUGUCUUGUGUGACCUUGGUGUUACAAGGAAUUGUUUUUUUACAUUAAUGUUAUUACUAUUAUUAUUAUUCUUUGUAAAUUUAAGUGAAAAGAUGUGUGAGGGAUUGAAAUAAAGAACUAUCUCCAAGGUUUUGAUGUUGAA